UUGCUAGUCUGUGUACGUGUGCACGUGCCCGCCAGUGCACACGCGCACGCACACAGACACACGUAAGGAUGCCGGACAGGUUCUUCCUGUGUCGUUUGGUCCCUUCCCCCAUGACACCGUGUAUGGAUUAGCAAGUGAUAAGGACACUAGUUUGCCCACUUUAAUUAUUACCAAGACAUAGCCGCUUAUGGUGACUGUGCCUCUUUAAGUAUUUUCUGGCCCGGCCCAGCCCAGCCACUAACUGCAACUUACUGCAAGGAAGCUACCUGUCUCUGACUUCCUAUUACUCUGCAGACAGAGGUAAGAGAACUAAAAUGUCAACCUCAGGAUCCUAACCACCCCAGAGGAUAACUGUGGGGAAAUGCUUCAUCUUUGACAUCACUGGAGCCCAGUCUGGAUUGUUUUUACACAUAAUUGAAUUGAUUCUCCACUCCUAGGUUUAGGGGUGUGAGAUUUAAAGGACUGUAUACUGUCUGACCACAAAAAAAUGUUCAAGCAAAAGAUGGAUAUCCACUUGGCAGGAAUGUCCUUUCCACUCAUUGAGCAAGCGUUGAUUGCGUAUUUCACUCUGUGCCAGGCACCGACAAUACGAAGACGAAUAGGACAUGGUCUUUGCCUCCAAGGAGCUCAGAGUCUAGCAGAAGACUUCAGGACAGCCACCAAGGGAAACCUAUGCGGGGCAUUAAAGGCUUUAUGGUAAUUAGCCAGGGCAGGAGGAUGGUGACUGGCAUUCCAGACAUAGGAAACGGCAAGGACAAGGCACAGAAGCAAGAAACAGUAUGAUGGUAUGCUCAUCAUGUUACUGGAGUAGUGAAAAGAGAAAACUUCAACUAGGUAACCUUUUAGAGAACUUUCAAUCUGGACGUUCUGUGAUUCUCUGCCUGCUUCCACAAUAGUCACUUAUUCUUGUAGGCUUUUCUUGGACCGGUGCUAUAUUUCCUGGUGAAUGCUUUCAUAGGCUCCAAUAUGCGCGUUAAGUACUCAUGGCUUCCUCUGCCCCCUCUGUCCCACUGUAACUGAGGUAGUUGUUCACCACCAUCCCUUAAAAGCUGGCUGGGCACUUGUUACUACCAUUUCUGGUUAUGAAGGACAAGUUUUAGGUGUCCAGGUUAUAGAAAUAAAUAUGAACAGUGAAAGUUGCUUCUUUCUAGGUUCUGUUCCCCUGUUAAGAGAUCAGAAAUACCAGCUGGUAAAAAAGUCUCCAUUCUGUGGUAACGCCUUCUCCAUUCGUGGCAGCCUACGCUCUUCACUCUUGUAGUUUUCAGCUCCUAGAAAGCCUUCCCCAGAUGUGCUCCUUCGCCAUCUCUCCCUCUAAAACCUGCAUCUGUCUAUUCCCCCUCGGUAUGUUUAAGUGGUCAGGAGUUUGAUCUCCUGUUAGACUUCCUGAGUUUGAAUUCCAGUUCUUCCACUUACUAGUUGUGUGACCUUGGGCAGAUUUACUCAACCUCUCUAUUUCAGUCUUCUCAUUUGUGAAAUGGAAAUAAUUCCAACUUCAUGGGGGUGCCUGUGAGAAUUAAUAAGGUGAUAUAGGUAAAAUACCAGAGCUCAGCCCCUGGCACACACAAGCACUCAAUAUUGGUUUUUAUCUCCUAUAUGAAUGAACUACAAUUAAGUUGAUUGUAUUAUUGUUUCCCUAUUUCUCGGCUUGCUCUAUUUCAUUUGAUAUUGAAGGAUGACAGAUACAUGCUUACCAUCACCUAGAAUUGGAUUUGGGUUUUUAGUGGAACCUGGGUUGUUAGCAUUGGAAGCUGGCCUGUAAAUUACUGCUUUAAUUUAUAUUUUUCAUUAAAAGUUCAGAUUGCCACUCCAUCUGUAGUGGUCUUCUCUGGCCCUGAAACCUUGUAUUUAGCCAUAAAAAUAUAUUUUAAAAUUAAGGGGCCAUAAUUCUCUCCACUCCCCACAUUGUGUGGAUUAAUGGGAUUAAUGAUAGGAAGGUGCACAGAAUAUCGUAUUCUUAUCUUUAACCAAAAUAAAAGCAAAGGCCUGGCCCUUUUUCUCACCCUUGAAACACAAAUCAGGGAGAUACUGUGAUGAAGUGCAGUGUACUUAUGUAUGUAUGUAUAACUUUACAAAGAAACAUUGCUUUUGGUGUCAGGAAAUGGACCUAGGCCCUUCGAGGCCACCAAAAUUCUGUGACCUCUAACCCUCGGCACAUUUGCUUUGUGUCUUGCAGUGUUGGGCAUUAGAUAUGUAAAGCGCCUAGCGUCAUACCUCGCACCCAGAACCGCCCAAAUAAUGGCAGGUAUUAUGUAGUAGCUCUCUGAAAAUAUAGCCCAUUAGGGUAUGGAAAAAAUGGGUAUGUGCCGCAGUGAGAAGGUAUUGAAGGAAGGGCGUGGGAAUACAGUCGCGAGCGGCAAAGACUACAGCUCCCGCCGGGCCUCACUCAGUCGGCCCCGGCGCAAGCGCGCAUCUUUCCGCCGAGGCCCCGGAUGUAGACUGCCCCUACGGGUCGGUGGGCGUGGCCUCAUGGUGGCGCUGAGACCUGAGGCUCUCUUAUUGGUUGUGCGCCUUCCCGCUUGAUUGGUUGUGAAGGAGGGGGCUGGGGCCAAGGCGUGCGGCGCUCUGGCGACACCCAAUCAGAAACGUGGCCGGGCUUUGGCGGGAGGCGGGAAAGCUGCGGCUGUGCAGAUUUGGCGCGAGUGCGUCUGGGCUUUCCGGCUGACGGUGUGGUGUUUGUCCAGGAUCCUGUCGUGGACAGUCCCUUUAGUUUUCUGUGGGAGACGUGAGAAGGCGCCGGCACUGAGGUGACGCAGCACUCUGUGUUGCCGUCAUGCCUCAAACCCGCUCCCAGUCACAGGCUACAAUCAGUUUUCCAAAAAAGAAACAGCCUCGGACAUUGGACAAAGCUAAAAACUCCAGUGACACCAAACUAGAACUGACAAAUGUCCAGGCCAUACCCCGUUCUCCUUGUGCAAAAAUUCUGCCUCUUAGCCCCAGAAAACGUCUGGGUGACGACAACCUGUGUAACACUCCCCGUUUACCUCCCUGUUCUCCACCAAAGCAAAGCAAGAAAGAAAAUGGUCCCCCUCGCUCACGUACAUCUAAGGGGCGCAGAUUGGUAUUUGACAAUCAGCUGACAACGGAGUCUCCUAGCAAAAGAGAACAAGCCAGACUUCACCAAAACAAAAUAUGUUCCUCAGUUCCAAAAGGUCAAGACAUCGCAACAAAUUCUGAGCAGAGAUGUCCACUGGAGAAAGAAUCUGCAUGUCUGAGACUUCUCAAGCAAGAAGGCACUUGCUACCAGCAAGCAAAGCAGGUCCUGACUACAGCUGUCCCAGAUCAGCUGCCUGCCAGGGAAAAGGAGAUGGAUGUCAUCAGGAAUUUCCUGAGGGAGCACAUCUGUGGGAAGAAAGCUGGAAGUCUUUAUCUUUCUGGUGCUCCUGGAACUGGAAAAACUGCCUGCUUAAGCCGAAUUCUGCAGGACCUCAAGAAGGAACUGAAAAGCUUUAAAACUAUCAUGCUGAAUUGCAUGUCCUUGAGGAGUGCCCAGGCUGUAUUCCCAGCCAUUGCUCAGGAGAUUUGUCAGGAAGAAGUAUCCAGGCCAGCUGGGAAGGACAUAAUGAGGAAACUGGAAAACCAUAUGACUGCGGAGAAGGGCCCCAUGAUUGUGUUGGUGUUGGACGAGAUGGAUCAGCUGGACAGCAGAGGGCAGGAUGUACUGUACACACUGUUUGAAUGGCCAUGGCUAAGCAAUUCUCGGUUGGUGCUGAUUGGUAUUGCUAAUACCCUGGAUCUCACAGACAGAAUUCUGCCAAGGCUUCAAGCUAGAGAAAAAUGUAAGCCACGGCUGUUGAACUUCCCACCUUAUACCAAAAAUCAGAUAGCCACUAUCCUGCAGGAUCGACUUAAUCAGGCAUCUAAAGAUCAGGUCCUGGACAAUGCUGCCAUUCAGUUCUGUGCCCGCAAAGUCUCUGCUGUUUCGGGAGAUGUUCGCAAAGCGCUAGAUGUUUGCAGGAGGGCUAUUGAAAUUGUAGAGUCGGAUGUCAAAAGCCAGACUAUCCUCAAACCACUGUCUGAAUGUAAAUCACCCUCUGAGUCACUGGUUCCCAAGCGGGUUGGUGUUAUUCACAUAUCACAAGUCAUUUCGGAAGUUGAUGGAAACAGAAUGACUUUGAGCCAAGAAGGAGCACAAGAUUCCUUCCCUCUUCAGCAGAAGAUCUUGGUCUGCUCUUUGCUGCUCUUGACCAGGCAGCUGAAAACCAAAGAGGUCACUCUGGGGAAGUUAUAUGAAGCCUAUAGUAACGUCUGUCGCAAACAGCAGGUGGCAGCUGUGGACCAGUCAGAGUGUUUGUCACUUUCAGGGCUCUUGGAGGCCAGAGGCAUUUUCGGAUUAAAGAAAAACAAGGAAACGCGUUUCGCAAAGGUGUCUCUGAAGAUUGAAGAGAAGGAAAUAGAGCAUGCUCUGAAGGACAAAGCUUUAGUUGGAAAUAUCUUAGCUACUGGAUUGCCUUAAAUUCUUUUCUUUUAUACUAAUACUCCGCCUAAAAGUAUCUGGCUGGCAUUUGGAGAGGGAUGGAAUCUUCAUUUUAUUACUUUAUAUACACUUAGGUCUGAAAGCAAACAUGACCUUUUUUACUUAAAAGUGAUAAAAUUUAAGCUAUAAAUUCGUGAAUAUUAGCACAGAAUUAUUUAUCUUUGGGUCUUAUUAUGUUUAUGCAUUAAAAACUACCAAGUAGA